GUUCUUUUCCUCAGCUUAGCCAACGUCCAAUUUCUGCAGAGGAAUGGCUUCCUGGCUCCGCGGCUGUGCUUCGGCCCUACGGCGCCUUCCAAGAAGGGGCAUCGAGGAAUUUUGGCAGGGUGGAGUACGAGAUCCCAAGUUGACCUCUGCUCAGAAGCAGGACUUUGCCAAAUCAGGGGAUCCAUGGCCUGCGGUGCUGCUUCGGCAGAAGUCCUUCGAGGACAUGCACAAGCUGUGGUACGUGCUCUUGAAGGAGAAGAACUUUCUGCUUGCAGAGCAGCAUGAGGCAAGGCAGCAACGGAUCCGGUGGAAACACCAUGGUCGCCUCAAAAAGGUCAAGCUGUCAAUGAAGCGCAUUCUCACUGUGCUGACUCGCCGGGAGAUUCACCAGCAGGUCCUUCGAGCCCAGGAAAUGCUGGUGCAGCAAACCCGCCGGGAGGAACUGGAGACCCAGCGCUUUCAACUUGAGGAGUCCAUGAAAGUCCUCAGCCACAAGAUCCGCCGGGCUGAGCCACGAGACUCCAUUGCAACGGCAGCUUGGAAGGCAACUCUGCAAAAGUACGAGGCUGAUCACCAGCAGUUGCUGCGGGAACUGGUGCCGCUGCGGCGAGAUACCAUGCAGUUGCUUUCUGCAGACUGGAGGUAUGCCCAGAAGUACUCAGAUCUCCCCGGAGCCAUCAAUUGGAAGAGACAAUGGGUCCGAGCACUGGAAGAUCGCCAGUGGAAACCUGUGAGACUGCCCGCCUAGGCCGAGAAGGGCCCAGAGUUGGCCAGUGGUUUUCUAUGUCCAAAGGAGAUCAAAUUCAAUGAUUGGUG